GGGAGGGGGCCAGGAAGCCCGAGAGAUGCCAGCCCCACAUCGUCCCCAUCCCGAGCUCCCCAUGGCUUCCCAUCCCAGCACACCCCAGGAUGAGGUGUCCACUUGGACCGGCCAUCUCCACGUGGCUCCGUGCCAUUCCUAAGAAGCCCCACCAAGGCCUCGUGCUGGGAAGGUCACCACAGCUGGAGCCAGCAGGGAUGCGCAGCAUCCGCAGGAUAGCGGUGCCUCAGUUUCCCCUCGGGACGCUGCAGCGGGACGGGCGUGUGGGGGAUCCCAGCACACACGGAGGAGCAGCGGCAGCCCCACACCGCGGCCGUGCCACCCCCGCUGCCUCCCCCGGGGCAUGUGGCGGCUCCGGCGCCAUGGCGGGGGGUGGCUCUGGGGUGGCUGGAGCCCAUCCCAGCCCCGUCACCGCACGCAAGCCGGAAAACUUAAUUCACAGCCGUCGCAGGCAGGGACUGCCCGAGUGUCCCGGGCCGGGGUCCCCCCUUGUCCCCAGCAGCACCCAGCAGGAGAAGAUGCCAGGUGGGAGCGUGUGGGUGCUGGUGCUGGCGCUGGCACUGCCCAGCACUGGACAGCAGCACCUGGAGGAGGCCAAGCGCAUCAUGAACACCACGCCGGUCAUCGACGGGCACAAUGACCUGCCCUGGCAGCUUCUCAGGAAGUUCAACAACCAGCUGAGGCUGCCAAAAGCCAACCUGACCCUGCUGAACGACACCCACACCAACAUCCCCAAACUGCGCCAGGGGCACGUGGGAGGGCAGUUCUGGUCGGUGUACGUGCCCUGUGAGACACAGAACAAGGACGCGGUGAGGCGCACGCUGGAGCAGAUGGACGUGGUGCAGCGCAUGUGCGACCUGUACCCCGAGACCUUCGCCUGCGUCACCGACAGCCACGGUAUCGAGGAGGCGUUCCGGAGCGGGAAGGUGGCCAGCCUCAUGGGGGUGGAGGGUGGCCACUCCAUUGACAGCAGCCUGGGCGUCCUGCGCACCCUCUACCGCCUGGGCGCCCGCUACAUGACCCUCACCCACAGCUGUAACACCCCCUGGGCUGACAACUGGCUGGUGGACACCAAGGAUGAAAAACCUGUGCACCACGGCCUCUCACCUUUUGGGAAGAUGGUGGUGGAGGAGAUGAACCGCCUGGGCAUGAUUGUGGACCUGGCCCACGUCUCGGUGGACACGAUGAAGGUCGUGCUGAACAUCUCCAAAGCCCCCGUCAUCUUCAGCCACUCAUCUGCCUACAGCAUCUGCCGGCACCGCCGCAAUGUGCCCGACGACGUGCUGCAGCUGGUGGCCUCCACGGGCAGCUUGGUGAUGGUCAACUUCUACAACGCCUACGUGACCUGCAGUGACAAGGCCAAGCUGUCCGACGUUGCUGACCACCUGGACUAUGUGAAGAAGGUGGCCGGUGCCCAGGCUGUCGGCUUCGGCGGGGACUACGACGGGGUCUCAGGGGUCCCCACUGGCCUGGAAGACGUCUCCAAGUAUCCUGCGCUGGUGGCCGAGCUGCUGGCGAGGAACUGGACAGAGAAGGAGGUGAGGGGGGCCCUGGCUGAGAACCUGCUCCGGGUCUUCAAAGAAGUGGAGAGGGUGAAGAGGAGCCUGCAGGGCACAGCUGCCCACGAGACCCCCAUCGCCUUCGAGGAGCUGGAGCAGCAGUGCAGAACCAGCUACGGGUACCCCAACGAUGCUGGCACCGCGCAGCGCCCUCCGGCAGCCCUGGCGCUGGCGCUGGCAAUGGCCCUGCCCCUCUCCGUGCUGUCCUAGCACCAGGGCUGCCGGGCGGGCACGAUCCUGCGCCGCUUUCUGCCGGCAAAAUAAAACCGUGGCUCGAGCAGUGCCGGCAGCGAGUGUGAGGCUCUGUGGGACCCCCCGCGCCCCCCUGGCUGGAGAUGUCGGG